UUAAUAAAUAUGCUUCCCACGACGCUGGACGAGCAAGAGACUCUAGGGAAAGAAAACGUAAAAGCUUUCUCUCAGAAAAAGAAAAAUCACUUCUUGUUCUCUUCUUCGGCGGCCUCCACACAUUACUCUUAAUCUCACUGAACUGAACUUUUGAUUUGAGUUUGCAUUGAUCAGUAGGAUUUUUCGGGUGAGUUUCAAGAAUGCCUCUGUUGAAAAGGAAGCCUGUUGCUUUGUCAGAACCUCCUCAAGAUUUAGAGCCACAUGAACUUGUAUACCAAGUUCGAUUCACGAAAGAGAUUUUUCGGAAUUACAUAGAUUAUUUGAACCGGAUAAAUUUUUACCGCAACAGGGUCUGGAUAUGUAAAUCAACUGGAAAAGGCAACUUGACCUAUGAAGAGGCUCUGGUAUCUGAGAAACGUGCAGCUGAGAAGGUUCAAGAGCUUCCUGAAGAGCUAGUGGCGCCUGCACUUCGUAUCAUACAAUUUAGUAUGCUUUCCUUGAAAGAACUUGCCGAUACAAUUUCAGCAAAGUUGCAGGAAUGCUUGUUUGUUGGUGCUGAAUUGCAUGGAAAGAAAGAUGAUGAUCUGCAUCCAUGCAAAAUAUUGAAAGUUGUGAAGGCAGAUUCAAACAGAACUCAAUAUGAGGUAGCAUGGCUUGACAGAAAUAAGAAUUCAACGGAAAGUGAUCUACUUGAGGAAGAAAGUAUUGUAUGGAAGAAGCCGCCUUUUAGUAGAAAUUUUUUGAAGUCUUUCAUUCGGGAAUCUACAUACCGAAGUAUCCCGUGGGUGCUUCAUGAUAAAUUGGCACAGAAACAUGAUAUCUCAACUUAUCCUCCAGAGGAGCUGAGGAGCAAAGUCUUCUUCCAGGAUGGGCUUCUGGUCUGCAAGAAGCGUAAAAAAAAUGAGCAAGUAGAUAAAGAAGAAUCUGGAAAAUCUAAAAGGAACAAAAUAAGAAGUGAGAAAGUAGAAGGCUUAGCAAUGGAGAACUCUAAGGCAGAAGACGAUCAGCAUGAAGAAGAACCUGUUAGGUAUCCUAUCGAUGAUUUGUUGGUGCUGCCUGGUGCAGAUGAUCCAGUUUUUACUGAUCGCCCCUUACCUGCAAAAGACUUCAAGGUUCCCAUGGAUUGUGUUGGUGAUCUUUUAAUGGUUUGGGAUUUUUGUUCUUCAUUUGGUAGGCUGCUACACUUGUGGCCAUUCUCACUUGAAGACUUUGAAAAUGCUAUCUGCCACAAAGGCAGUAAUUUGGUUCUCAUAGUGGAAUCUCAUUCAUCUCUUCUUCGGUCGAUCAUAAAAAACACUGGUGAAAGUAUAAUGCCUAUAAAGAAUACAAAGCGAAAGAUUACGGCAAUUACGUGGACAGAGUUUCUGUGUGAUUUCUUGGAAAUAAGCAAUAAUCCUGAAUUAUCCUCUACUAUGGCAACCAUUAAGAGGGGCCAUUAUGGCCUUUUAGACAUUAAUAGUAAGUUGGGAAUUCUGCGAGAAUUAGUUAAUCAAGUCCUUGAAACAGAUCUUAUCAAGGAGAAGUUAGAUGAACAUAUUGAGCAAAGGCGGGCACUUGGUUCCACAAGAAGGCAGGAAGCAUUGGAAGCAGCUAGAAAACAACGAGAAGUUAAGGAACAGUUGAAAUUGCAAUCUACUGCCAAUGGAGUGGCAAAUGGGCAUAGUUCGGAGAGCGCAAAAAGUACCUUGCUCUUAUGUUCAAAUGAUAAUCAUGUUAGACAAAAUGGAGUAAAAACAGAGAACAAAGUGGCAGAGAACACCUCCUCUGAACUGAAGAAUUCACUUGAGAAUAAACCUUUGGAAGUUGCUUCAAAGAAGUUGUUGAAGAAGCAGAAUAUGAAUGGGAAAUUACCAGCAGAAAAUGGGAACAAAAUGUCUGGGAAAGAAACACUGAAACAAUUGAGGGAUGAUAAAAAGGAACCAACCGAAACAAAGAGUAAAGAACAGAGGAAAGAAUAUUUUGAGCGCGAGAUGGAGAAGCGGGUUAUAAGCACUAAUCCUUUGGGUAAAGACAGAUAUUAUAAUAGGUAUUGGUGGUUUCGACGUGAUGGGAGGAUAUUUGUUGAGAGUUCUGAUUCUAAGCAGUGGGGUUACUAUAGUUCCAAGGAAGAGCUUGAUCUGUUGACGGGUUCACUGAAUUGUAAGGGUGAGAGGGAGAGGGCCCUUAAAAAACAAUUAGAAAAAUUCUACAUCAAAAUAAGCUCAGAAUUUGAGAAGAGAUCAAAGAAUUUGGUUAGCAGGCUUGCAUUGGAAGAGGAUGUGCUUCGGAGAUCUAGUCGUGUGCGGGCUUCAACUGGAGAAAAUCCUGCUAGUGCUUUUAUGAGAUAUGUUAACAAGUGGAAGGAAGAGUGAUACAUGAUUGCAGGCAACUAAUUAGGAUUGUGUUUGGAAUUGGAAAUUGAAUUUCCAUCUGAUUUAGAAGUAGGGGAGGGAUAUUUUGGGCAAAGGCAGGGGGAAGGAAGCAGUUUUUUUGCAUUUAUGGUUGAUGCUCGGUUAUUUUGUUAACAUACAUUUCACAUUCUUUUAUUAUUGUAUUGGCUCUCUAUCAGUUGAAAAUCCAAAGGUAAAUUUUGCA